CUUCCCUUUGUUGACUCUUUCCCCUUCUACACAAACACAAGCACAGCCGAGGCGAGCAAACCCGAGGGAGAGAAAACAAAUCAAAUCGCGUGUUGAUUUAGACGACCAGACCCAGGUUGGAGAUCAAGAGGAGCAGGGGAAAUUUCCGUAGACUUCGCCGACCGGAAGGAGAGAGGAGAGGAGAGGAGCCUUCGUCGACCGCCGCCGCCGCCGCCAGCAAGGAGUUCGAUUUGGCAAGGGGAGUUUUGGAUGGGCGACCAUGUGGUUGUGAACGUGGACGGCCUGACAAACGCCAAGGAUGAUGGCGUCGCUGACAAGCCAUCUGAGGCCGUGACUGCUCCGUCAGUGGCCGUGUCUACUGUUGCUGAUUUGGCCGAGGAGGAUGGCCGUGAGGAUGAGCCACUCAUCCAGGCUGCAGAGUGCCGCAUAUGCCAGGAGGAGGACAGCAUCAAGAAUCUCGAGAAGCCAUGUACUUGCAAUGGCAGCCUCAAGUAUGCUCAUAGAGCAUGUGUGCAACGCUGGUGCAAUGAGAAAGGAGACAUUACAUGUGAAAUUUGCCAUGAGCAAUAUAAGCCUGGUUAUACAGCGCCACCUCGUGUUCAACCAGAUGAGACCACCAUAGAUAUAAGUGGUGAUUGGACCAUUACAGGAGCUCCUCUGGAUUUGCGCGACCCAAGAAUUCUUGCUGUAGCAGCUGCACAGCGCCGUCUUCUUGAAGCAGAGUAUGAAGAAUAUGGUGGUAAUGAUGCUAAUGGUGCUGCAUUCUGCCGUUCUGCUGCACUCAUUCUAAUGGCCCUAUUGCUUCUGAGGCACGCAUUGUCAAUCUCUGACAAUGAAGGAGAUGAUGAUGCUUCUACCAUGUUCUCCCUUUUCCUUCUUCGGGCUGCUGGAUUUCUUCUGCCGUGCUACAUCAUGGCAUGGAUCUUCAGCAUUUUGCAUCGGCGGCGACAAAGAGAGGAAGCGUCCGCAAUUGCCGCAGCUGAGGUCGCGUUCAUCCUGCAAUCAGCCCAGGGCCGUGCCCUUCAGUUCACCAUCGCUCCGGACUCCCCCACCACUCCGCAGCAUGAACCACACCACCAGCACCAACAGCAGCAGCCGCAACAAUAGUUAAACUAUUGGGUAGUUCCAGAGAGUCCCUACACGCAUGCAAACACAAGAGUUGCACUCUGGAUGCCCGUUGUUGCUCAUGAGGAACGUCCGGAAGCUGGCCCCGCUUCUUGCGGCCAUGUGAAAACCUUGUACAAUGUCUUAUUUGCCCCCGAGCAAUGCGACUAAACUUGUAUUUGUCCAAGUCUUAUACAAGCAUUUAUUUAAAUGUAAAUUUAGUAUCUAACUAUCUAUUACGUUC